AUGCGAUACAAGCUAGUUUCUUGUAUUUGGUGUAGAAAAAAUGCCAAGAAACAUACAGUGUCUGUAGCUAAAUCAUGGAGAAAUAUCUCUUCAAAGAAAUAUCAAUGGAUUCAUCAACUUCUUGAACAACGUGGAAGUGAGCUUGAGGUGGAUAUGUUUAUCUGUAGAAAAUGUUCUACUAGUUUGUAUAAAGAAAAAAAAGCACGUAACACCUCAGAAAGUGACUCAUCGUUAUUAGUUGAUCAAGAAGAUGUUAAUGUUAACAGUAAUGAAAUACAUAAUCAUACAUUCGAUAAUUUGAUAAAUAUUGAAGGAGUUUAUGGUGAUGAAAAUGAUAUAGAUUAUUGUAGUUGGUGCCUUAAAGGAGGCACUGAAACAAAACAAUUAUCAAAAGCUGAACGAAUGUUAUUACUUUGUGAUUAUCGUAUCUUUUCUUCGCAAAAUGCUAAACGUUGCAAAAGUGGAUGUGUUGAUAUUCCUGUUGAAAGAUUUAAUGAGCCGACUUAUCUUACUUGUAACCAGAUAUCUUUACUUAUAAAUGAUUUGAUUGUCGAAGUUAAUCGUAUUAAGCGUAUGCCUUUACUCGUCGAAGAUGACUCUAUAAUUACUGAUGAUGAUUAUCAGGUGUGGACAGGUUGGAAUUUAAAUCAAUUAAAAGAUAUGACUUCACUCAUUAGUCCUCGUAUGCAUAAGUCAAAACAUAGACAGCCAUUUGAAGGCAUUUGUAUGUAUUGGACAAAGUUGAAGACAAAUCUUUCGUUUAGACAAAUUGGAACUCUCUUUAAAAUUGAAACAACAGAUGAAAAUAUCCGCAGGAGAGUAGAAGAUACAUUCCAUAAAGUCUCUAGUUAUUUAUAUGAUGCGUUAGUUCCAUCGUACUUGGGAUUUAAUCAUCUUUCACGUGCCAACGCUAUUGCACAUCAUACUGCUUAUACUGCAACAUUUUUUGGGAACAGUUUAUCUUUAAUAUGGGAUGGAACCUACAUAUAUUGUAAUAAAAGUGAGGAUCAUAAAUUACAACAAGAUACUUAUUCCGGUCAAAAAUCUCGUCAUCUAGUCAAAUUCAUGUCUAUAGUUUUACCUGAUGGCUAUAUAUUAGAUUUAAUUGGACCAUUCAAAGGAAAAGAUAAUGAUGCAAAAAUAUCGAAGGUAUAG